AUGAAAAAGUUUCUUGCUUCAAAACUGAUACCAGUAUGUCAUGCAGCUUUCUGUGAUUAUCAACUAUCUCGUUACGAUCUCGCGUGUAUUCCUCUCACACAACGUAUGUUCCAACAAAUUUUACCUCUUGUUCAAACCCAACAACGUCCACAAUGUCCUCGAUGUCGCUUUUACGUGGAAAUCCAACAGAUUGCUGAUCUUGAUCAACAUAUCGAGGCAUGUCAUCCAGAAAAUAUGGUUCCUUGUGAAUACUGCUAUUGCCCAACGGAUUUUAGUGAAUAUGAACAACAUCGCCAACAGUGUGCUAGUGAUGGAACAGGACGUCAACAAAAAUUGGUCGACUACAUUUUACUUCGCACUAAGUACCCAUUCAGAGCACAACAAAUCGAGUUCUUUAUCGAAAAUAAAAUGAAAGUUCAUCAUUCUAUUAUUCAUCCACUUUCCAUUGUCGAAGAGCUAGCUGAGUACAACGAUGUGUUUCCGAUGGAACUUCCCACUCGUGACUGUGAUGUAUGCAUGGAAUCGUGUUUUCUGGAUGAUAUUUUUGUAUUUGGUUGCGAUGAAAGUCAUAAGUUAUGUUACAAAUGUUACGAACAAUCUUGUACAGUUAAGAUGAAUAAUAAUGAAGUCCUUACUUGUGCUACUUGUCCUUAUCAACUGCAGUAUGGUGAAUUGAAGCAAUUGCGAAUAUCACCAGAUCAACGGAAUCUCAUUGUCGAAUAUCAGGUACAGAAGACUUUCGAUCGUUAUGCGAGUGGUAGUCGAGGUGUGAUUAAAUGUCCGAAUCAAGCCUGUACGUGGGCAUUCGAGCCAGGCAAUCCAAAUGAACAUUUUCGCGUCAUCUGUCACAUGUGUGCGAAUGAAUUUUGCUCACUCUGUAAUCAGCAGUAUCACUAUCGAACACUUUGUGAACAGUUAGCCGUAAUCACGGAACGAUGGUUCUUCUGGUGUAGCACAGAGCGCGGCCGCUAUUUGACUGAACGAGCAAAACAAGAUGCUAACUAUGCAGUUCAAUUGACUGAGUAUGAAAAACAACAUGCAGCAAGUAGACAACAAAAUGAAGAGUUACGCCGUCGGUAUGAAACAUCCGUCGAAGAUGAAAAAUACAAAGCACAAAACUGUCGCUAUUGCCCACAUUGUAAGCGAGUUGUUGAACGUGUGGACGGAUGUGGUUCUAUGGUAUGCGGAAGAGACUAUCACGGAGGCAAUGUACAAUCAGGUUGUGGAAAAAACUUUACAUGGGAACAAGCGAAGCAGUAUAAAUCAGUAGCUAUCCGUAAACCUGAACAAUUAGCAAAUGAACUACCAGCUCCUGAGAGUCCACUUGUGGUGCAUGAGAAUAUCACAUGUGACGGUUGUCAUGAAACAGUUCGAGGUAUUCGAUUCGAUUGUGUACAUUGUCCUUCGCUAAUAUUUUGCGAGAAAUGUGAGCAACGCUGUACUCUCGCGCACUCAAACGAAAAUCGACGUCAAGGUCAACAACAACAUGUCUUCCGAUUGAUAAUGACGCCGUUCGAAGAUGUAGCUUACUUCUGA